AUGUCCAACCUUCCUCACGAGCCCGAGUUCGAGCAGGCCUACAAGGAGCUUGCCUCGACCCUUGAGAACUCGACUCUCUUCGAGAAGAACCCUGAAUACCGCAAGGCUCUCGCCGUUGUCUCCGUCCCCGAGCGUGUGGUUCAGUUCCGUGUCGUCUGGGAAGAUGACAACCACCAGGUCCAGAUCAACCGUGGGUUCCGUGUCCAGUUCAACUCGGCUCUUGGUCCCUACAAGGGUGGUCUCCGUUUCCACCCCUCCGUCAACCUGUCCAUCCUGAAGUUCCUUGGUUUCGAGCAGAUCUUUAAGAAUGCUCUGACCGGUCUGAACAUGGGUGGUGGUAAGGGUGGUUCCGACUUCGACCCCAAGGGCAAGUCCGACAACGAGAUCCGUCGCUUCUGCGUGGCCUUCAUGACCGAGCUGUGCAAGCACAUCGGUGCCGACACCGACGUCCCCGCCGGUGACAUUGGUGUCACCGGUCGUGAGAUCGGUUUCCUCUUCGGCCAGUACCGCAAGAUCCGCAACCAGUGGGAGGGUGUCCUCACCGGCAAGGGCGGCAGCUGGGGUGGUUCUCUGAUCCGUCCCGAGGCCACUGGCUACGGUGUCGUCUACUACGUCGACCACAUGAUCAAGCAUGCCACCAAGGGCGCCGAGUCCUUUGCCGGCAAGCGCGUCGCCAUCUCCGGCUCCGGUAAUGUUGCCCAGUUCGCUGCUCUCAAGGUUAUCGAGCUUGGCGGUUCCGUCGUCUCUCUGUCCGACAGCAGGGGCUCCCUGAUCGUCAACGGCGAGGGCAGCUUCACCCCCGCCGAGAUCGACGUCAUCGCCCAGCUCAAGGUCGACCGUAAGCAGCUGUCCGAGGUCGCUACCACCGAGGCCUUUGCCGCCAAGUUCAAGUACAUCGAGGGCGCUCGCCCCUGGGUCCACGUCGGCAAGGUCGACGUCGCCCUCCCCUCCGCCACCCAGAACGAGGUCUCCGGCGAGGAGGCCCAGGCCCUGAUCGACGCCGGCUGCAAGUUCAUCGCCGAGGGCUCCAACAUGGGCUGCACACAGGCCGCCAUUGACAUCUUCGAGGCCCACCGCCAGGCCAACCCCGGCGCCGCCGCCAUCUGGUACGCCCCCGGUAAGGCCGCCAACGCUGGUGGUGUCGCCGUCUCCGGUCUCGAGAUGGCCCAGAACUCGGCCCGCAUCAGCUGGUCCGCCGAGGAGGUCGACUCCCGCCUUAAGGGCAUCAUGGAGUCCUGCUUCCGCAACGGUCUCGACACCGCCGUCAAGUACGCCACUCCCGCCGAGGGCGUCCUUCCUUCCCUGGUCACCGGUAGCAACAUCGCCGGUUUCACCAAGGUUGCCGAGGCCAUGAAGGAGCAGGGUGACUGGUGGUAA